AUGUUUAUGUCUAUAAAAAUAUCAGUUAUUUGUGCCUUACAAGAGCGCAUGAUAGCAUAUGAACAGUAUAUGAAAAAUCAUAUAUUAUAUGUGAAUGCUGGUUGGCUCGCUGAAAUUUCGACAUUUUUCUUGUCCGUGUUUUUUCCUGAUCAUUCACAUUCCAGUGAAGUAAUAUUAAGCUCAGAAAUUUUAUAUGAAGACGUGUUGGAAUUAUUAAGAGUAGUUUGUUAUUGUCCGAGAAAAAAACCAAUUACAGUCUCGAACGUCGCUGUCGUGCUACAAAUGGCUCACUAUUUUGGAAUGCAAUCAGUACUUGAAAGUUGUCGAAAUUUUAUUAACCAUAAUGUUGAUACACUUAGUCGAACUCGAUUAUUUCAAUUGACAUGUGCGCUUGCUCAGUGUGAUCGUCAUUCACCUACAAUGUCACUUUUAAUUGAUAAAUUGUCGACAAUUAAAGAAGAGGAAUUGUCGGCAUUGCAUUUUUCUGAGGUACCUGGCGAUGUUGUGGCUGAUGUAUUCGCAACGAAAAUAAAACGAAAUCAGUUGAAAAAAAGAAAGUGGUGUUGUUAUUUUUAA